ACAUAACGUGAUAGAUUAUAACAUAGCUUAGCCAUAGAAAAGAUCUGCAAGUACUGGCACAAACGGAGAAAGAUGUCACCUACAAAUCUAGCGCUGUUCUUUGUCUCUUUGGUCAUUAUUAGCACAGCAACUGAUGUUGCUCCAGGAACCAAACAGCUGCAGCUCUUACGAAGUUCUAAGAAGGAACGUGAGAAGUCUCAGUUUUUUACUGUGAAAGGUUGCAACAACGAUUGUGAAACAUCUUGCUGUGACUGCAACAUAGAGGUACAGCCUCCGGUUUGUGUUCAGUGUUGCCGGAUUUGAGCUUUGUAAGGACAAAUUUGUAUCUCUCUGUUUCUUUACAUUCCUUAUUCUUCUUGGCUUUGGCCCAUUUCUUUAUUUGUUACAGCUCGAUUUAGGUAUUAAUGACUUGUGCCAAGUAUGAACUAUAAUGUCAACAACCUCGAAUCAAAUAUUUUUUUCUUUUUUUAAUUCAUCACUCUUUUAUUGCCUAAUCAUUUCAAGAUAAAUGAGUACUCAAAUGAUUUAACAUAAUGCACGUUAUCUAUAAAACAACAACUCAUUAACUUGACCUACAAACUACUCUUUUGGAUGUUUACGUCAAGACUUUUAAAUGUGUGUUUGAGCGCUCCUUCCCUUAGGCUUAUUUAUCCUUCAAGCUUAACUUCCAAUUCAAAGUCCUUCCCUUUUUCUUUCCUUCUUUCUUAAAAUCAAUGAGACGAGAAGGUCGGCAACAUGGUAUUGUCCGAACUUACCGGAUUCUUCCACCGCCGCCGCUUAAUCCAAGGCUGGUCAACUCUGCCACUUCAUCCACAUCCUCAGCAUUGUUUACCAAAUUGCCAUCCAAACCGACCAGAGCUCACCGGAGAAUAUGGUCUGGCCAGGUGCAUUGGCUGAGAUCAAACGACAUCCCUUCAUCCAGCUACAAACUCCUGACUUGUCGGAUCAUUACCGGACCGAGAUCCGUUUUGAAUCUCAACGGUUUAUCUGAUCUUGAUUGUGAAGACUACAAAGGAGGAGAAGCUGAAGUUGAAACGAUUAAGAGAGGGAAUGAACAUGAUAGCGACAAAGAAGAUGGUGGGUCUCGUGGUGGUGCGUGGGAUGGUGAUGAAAACACGAGUUUUUACGAUGUGGGGAUGAUGAUGAUGGAACAUGUGUUAGAUGACGAUGAACAAGAAGAAGAUGGUUGGUGUUUGGUUUGAAUAAAGAAAGUAAUAAUGAUGUUUCUCUCUCACGUGGAUCAGCUUCUUUUUUUUUUUCUCUUUUGCAAAUUCAAGUGAAUGUAAUUUUAUUCUUGUUUACAUCAAUCGUUAUGUAAAGUUAAUACCUUCUUCAUC